CCAACCUCCAGGGACCACAAACCAAAGAUCAACCUCUUCAUUUUAAAAAGAGAAAGGUGGAUUUCUACAUCUAUAUUUUUUAUACUAUGCUUUUUAAAGACGAUAAGACAAACAACGUUUUAAAUCUUUUUAAAUCUCUUUUGACAUGGAAUAUCUGUCUUUUCUCCACCUUCAGUCUGAACUUUUACAUUUUUGAUUCAGAUUUUUUAUUUCUUAUUACUAUUUCCUCUGUGGGAGUGCAGUUCUGGUCCCCCUCUGGUUCUUCUCAGACUCUCUGUGUUCUAAUGGGACGAGAACUCAUCAUGGCUCUCAAUUAGCCACACUUACCAGCUGUAUUUCUCAAAUACAUCUGCACACAUUUGCUCCAUCUCUAAAACAGACAGUUAUGGCUGGUAAUUGGGUUAUAGUUUUGGGCUAGUGCCCCUCAGUGGGUAGAACCCAAAUCGAGAGCUGGGGGUUUUGGGUGUGUUUUUUUAAUCAAAAUAAAAUAUUCACACAAUACAAGACAACAUCUCUCAGUGGCACCUGUUCUUUCAUUGUCCCUGACAACUAACAGUAAAACAAAAUGAAAAUGGAUGACCACAGAAACUCUAGCUUUCUUUGCCAGUCCCAUCACCCACGAUGGCAACUGUCCUCUGCUGGAAAGAGACGACGGAAACAAACCUCCAAGCAAAAAGCAAAAAACCCUGAUGGCUCAUGGAGGCCAGUGUCCUCGAGCCCAGUGCUCCACAGCCACAGCUGGUGGGGGAACUGUUUUCUCCUUCCUCUAGUCAUGCUAUCGUACUUGCCCUGUGAGGCCUGGGGCACCACCUUCAAAAUCGCCAUCGUAGGACCGUGGGCGUGUGACCCCAUGUACUCCAAAGCCCUGCCAGACCUGGCUGCACGAUUAGCUAUGAGCCGAAUAAACAAAAACCCAGACCUUAACAAAGGCUACUGGUAUGAAUACACACUAAUUAAUGAGGAUUGCUCAAGCUCGAAAGCGCUGGCACGCUUUGCCGAGCUGGAGGGCUAUGGAUCGGCCUUUCUUGGACCGGCAAACCCUGGCUACUGCACUGCUGCUACACUGCUGGCAAAGAACUGGAACAAGGGCAUCCUGUCCUGGGCUUGUCUGAAGGCUGACAUGGAUGAGGGAAUGUAUCCCACCUUUCUGCGGCCGCUCCCAUUGUCUUCUCAUGUGCUCUUCUCCGUGCUGCGCUUUUUCCGCUGGGCUCACGUUGGGAUUAUAACAGCGGAGAACAACAUGUGGGAAGCGACUGGGCAUGAACUUGCAGAAUCUCUCCGUGCUCUUGGUCUGCCAGUUGGCGUGGUUGUUACCAUGGAGAUGGACAAGGAGGGGCCACGGCGAGCCCUGAAGAAAAUACGGGAGACCGAUCGAGUGAGGGUUGUCAUCAUGUGCAUGCACUCUGUUCUGAUUGGUGGAGAGGAACAGUAUAAUUUGCUAACCACAGCAAUGGACAUGAGAAUGAUUGACCGAGGCUACAUCUUCAUUCCAUAUGACACACUGCUGUAUUCAUUGCCAUAUAAAAAUGCGAACUAUCCAGUCCUGGCCAAUGACACCAAACUGCGACGAGCUUAUGAUGGGGUCUUGACAAUAACCAUGGACCAAGGGGAACAAAACUUCUAUGAGGCCUUUAGUGCAGCACAGGAAUCCUAUGACAUCCGUACCAGCACACCAGCUGAAGAGGUCUCUCCAUUCUUUGGGACCAUCUAUAACAUGCUCUAUUAUACAGCCAUGGCUGCAGAGCAGAGCCGAGUUGCGAGUGGAGGACGCUGGGUAUCGGGUGAUGCACUGGUUAAAAACGAGGGUGGAUUUGAAUUCAAUGGCUUUAACCAGCAGAUAUCGGCAGGCACUGAUGGAGAAGGAAUGCAGACCCGCUACGCUGUCCUGGAUUCAGAUGGCUCUGGGUCCAGCCUACACUGCACUCACAUCCUGGAAGCACCACACACGUAUGGGAAAUAUGGAGGGUUGAAGUACUUGGGGAAAUCGAUUCAUUUUGCUGGAGCGUCUCCGAGAACUGACUCAAACUGUUGGUUCAGUCCUUAUGUUGCUUGUAGUGGAGGCUUGGAUGGAGUGACCCUUUUCUUCCUCCUUCUCUUGUUCUGUGUGUUGAUAAGUGUAGCAGGUGCAUGUUUUCUCCAUAUAAGGAAACAUGGGCAGGGGAUAUUAGGAGCAUUUGGUGGAGGAGGAAAUGGAAGCCCCACUAAGAUAGUACUGACACUGGAUGACUUGGUCUUCAUCAACACUACACUCAGCAGGAGGAAGCUGAAUGAGGAGAGUAUGGUGAAGAGUCAACUAGAUGUUAAAACCCCUCACCGCUCAGUUUCAGGUCGCAGUUACAUUACAUCGACUCCUGAGACAUCCAAUGUUGCUGUUUUUGAGGGUGACUGGGUCUGGCUGAAGAAAUGCCCUUGUGAAGAUUCUGUUUCAGAAAUCAGUGACAGCACUCAGACCAUCUUUAUCAAGCUGAGAGACAUGCGUCAUGAGAAUCUGAACCUGUUUCUGGGUCUGUUCUUGGAUACUGGCAUAUUUGGCAUUGUUACGGAGCAUUGCACCAGAGGCAGCCUGGAAGACCUGCUCAACAACGAGGAAAUGAGACUGGACUGGAUGUUCAAGUCCUCUCUUCUUCUUGACCUGAUCAGGGCAAUGAAGUACUUGCAUAAUCGUGGGAUCGUUCAUGGACGCCUGAAGUCAAGGAACUGUGUGGUAGACGGUCGAUUUGUUCUGAAGGUUACGGAUUAUGGCUUAAAUGAAAUCAUCAACUCUCAAAACAUCAUCCUGGAGGACACCAAACCAGAGGAUCAGUUUUGGACAGCUCCAGAGAUCCUGCGGAAUCCUAAACUGAAGAAGAAGGGGACGUAUCCAGCUGAUGUAUACAGCUUUGCUAUUAUCAUGCAGGAGGUGAUCUCUCGCUGUGCUCCGUUCUGCAUGUUGGAUAUGCCUCCUGAAGAAAUCAUAGAUAAGGUGCGCUCUCCUCCACCGCUGUGCCGACCCACUGUGUCUGUGGAUGAAGCGCCGCUGGAAGUGAUUCAGAUCAUGAAGCAUGCCUGGAGUGAGGAGCCUGACAAGAGACCCACAUUUGAGGAGAUCUUCAGACAGUUUAAGAAUGUGAACAAGGGAAAGAAGACAAAUAUAAUUGACUCAAUGUUAAGGAUGCUGGAGCAGUACUCCUCAAACCUGGAGGAUCUGAUCCGAGAGAGGACUGAAGAGCUAGAGGUAGAGCGUCAGAAAACCGAUGCUCUUCUAGCCCAGAUGCUGCCCAAAUCUGUGGCCUUGGCAUUAAAGACAGGGAAGCCAGUGAAGCCGGAGCACUUUUCAGAUGUCACACUGUAUUUCAGUGAUAUUGUUGGUUUUACCACCAUCUCUGCUCUGAGUGAACCUAUCGAAGUGGUCGAUCUGCUCAACGACCUCUACACACUCUUUGAUGGAAUCAUCGCCAUCCACGAUGUCUACAAGGUAGAGACUAUUGGUGACGCGUACAUGGUGGCAUCGGGGGUUCCAAACCGCAACGGUAACCGUCACGCAGCAGAGAUGGCCAACAUGUGUCUGGACAUUCUGCACUGCAUCGGAACAUUUAAAAUGAGGCACAUGCCUGACGUCAAAGUCAAAAUCCGCAUUGGACUCCAUUCUGGUCCAGUGGUAGCAGGUGUAGUUGGGUUGAAGAUGCCUCGGUACUGUCUGUUCGGGGACACAGUAAACACAGCCUCCCGAAUGGAAUCCACAGGGUUGCCUUACAGAAUUCAUGUCAACCAGAGUACUGUUGAUGUCCUGAAGAGCCUGAAACUUGGUUACAAAAUAGAUGGUAGGGGCAGAACAGAGCUCAAGGGUAAAGGUGUAGAAGAAACAUUCUGGUUGGUUGGGAGAGAAGGAUUCAACAAGCCAUUACCUGUACCGCCAGACCUUACUCCUGGGGCGAGCAACCAUGGUAUCAGCUUGGAUGAGAUUCCUGUGGACAGGCGGCAGAAAUUCCUGGAUCGACAGAAGAACAUGGGGAAAUGAG